AUGCGCGAGAUCGGCCGUGGGGGUUCAUUAGUAGCAGCCACCAUAGCGGCGUUACACAAUCGAGUCACCGUAGAUACGAAAAAUCUAACUGUUAAACCGCGAGUGAGUUCAAUUGAGACAAGAAAUAUCUUACGACCUGUAACCGAAGAAGACUUUCCGUACGAUCUGGCAAGACGCACAUCAGACUGCAGUGAACGACCUUUAUCAACAGCGUCAGAGGCCUCUGAACACGACUCUGCUUCCGUUCAGUCCAGCGAGGAACCGCCCCCACAAGAGAUGUCAUUUGUGCGGAGCCUCAUGUCCGACCGCGAAUAUUUGACCGAACCCUUUGACGAGGACGAGGAGCGCGCGGCGGCAGGCUACGUGCAUCCCGCCGUGCGCUCCUAUAUGUACUCGCCAAUGGGCGGUGACUCCGAUAGUCCUGAAGAGGCGACAGUGAAAUGCACAGCAUGGCCAGAAGGCGCAAUCGCAGCUCGACCAGAAUCCUCUUCCGACACCGAAUCGAGUUCUAGCGAAGAUGAUUCCGAAGGGCGAGAGUAUGAAAUGCAUAGUAAUGAUGCUGAUUAUCGGACACUGACUCCUAAUAGACGAUUGGAUAACUCGACCCGACGUGAUGAGGACUUUACGUGGAUGCCGACAGGACAGAAAAUAGAGGAACCUUUGCAACAAACAGAUAUGAAGGAAAGCGAAUAUUCAGGAGCUAGUUUAGAGAGAAGGCGCCGGCCGACGGGUGAUCGCAGUGACAGAGAUCGUAAAAGUCGAUCGUCAUUAUCGGCAGCGAAGCCUCCUCAGCACCCAUCUAGCGUUCGUGCAUCGCCUCGUCCGCGGCGUUCUCACAACGAAGACACUCCUCCAGAAUUGCAGAGGAGAUGGAACUCCUAUGAACACUUUCGUUGGCCAGAAGGGGGUUGGUGGCCCCCUAUGUGUUGGUGUCAUGGUCCGCCAGCGCCUCCGCCGUGUUGCAUGCAUGACCGCGCUUGGCCCUCACACCCUUCACUUCCACCGUCACCUGCGCGGCCGUACAAGAAUGACGCAGAAGAGCGUGUGCGUCGCCUGGAGGCGGAUAAAGAGAGUUUACAGCUACAGGUGCAGGUCCUGUCGGAACAGAUUGCAGCGCAGAAUGAGAAAAUGAAUGACCUGGAGCGAGCGCUCAUCGACGCGCGGCAACGACUCGACGAUGCUGACCAGAGGCUACAAAAGGAAAUGCUUCAACGUUCGUCACUUGAGACUCAGAAGUUGGAACUGCUGUCUAAACUGAGUGAGGUCCGUCUACGAGUAGCGGAGCGUGGCCUUCUUGAACGCUCGCCACCGCCGGAUGGUGCUGUCACAACGCUAGCUAGACCGGUACCGCCUAGGACACCACCCGCAAAUAACGGUCGUCAAAUCGAGCGGAACACGCACAUGUACUCGUCGUUGCCGCGCUCGUCGGUGUUGGCUGCAUCGGAGCGCGUCGCGUUCGGUAAACUGCCCACCAAUAUGGCGGGCGCACGUGGGCGCGGACACUCGGUGCCCAAUCUAGCGGAGAAAGAGGAAGCCAUACCGCGUGGUAGUCCUUCGCCCUCGUUGCGAGAAGUCCGCAGUAGACUCGGCAGUGGCGGCGGAGUAAGAUUAGAAGGUGAUGACGUCACGAGAGCAUCGUUGAGAGUGUCCGCGCCGAGGCCACGUAUGCAUCCUAUGCCUUGGCAAACGAUCGAUUUGAGACAGUGGGACUGUGAGACGACAUGCGGUUGGCUUGAAUCACUCGGCCUGGAGGUGUACGUGCCUGCGGCGAAGGCGUGGCUUGGCGCUACGGACACUCGUGGUGUCAUAGCGGCCGCAUCCCAACAAACCAUAGAGAAAGAGCUUGCCAUAAAACAUCCGCUACAUAAGAAGAAAAUAGUCUUAGCACUUACUGAUUUGUUGGGCGGGCACGGUGAUCCUAUGCUGACGGCGGCCGGUCAAGUGGACACUGCGUGGACGCUGCGAUGGUUGGAGGACGUGGGCGUGUGCGGUGCACGGGCGGCCGCCAGCGAGGCCGCGCUCGACGGCCGCCUGCUGCACCGGCUGUCGCACCACGAGCUGUACACGCACCUGCGCGUCACGCACGCGCUGCACGCGCUCGCUAUACGCCGCGGUAUUCAAGUAUUAAGAGAUAACAAAUUCAACCCCGAGACAAUGAUACGUCGAGCUGUAGAAGGCGAGACUACUAUCGUAAGCGGUAGCGACGCGGAAAGCGGAGAAGCGACCACACCGAGCCACGAGCUAGCGAGAUGGUCAUCUCACCGUGUAAUGCAGUGGCUUAAAGAAAUCGACCUCGCAGAGUACGCGCCCAAUCUGCGCGGAUCCGGAGUGCACGGUGGGCUAAUGUUGUUAGAGCCGCGGUUUACGGCUGAGCUACUGGCUGCGCUCCUCAACAUUCCCGCCUCCAAGACUUUGCUACGUCGGCAUCUCACGCAGAGAUUCAAUGAUCUGCUCGGGCGAGACGUGAUACAGCAAAAACGGAAUGCGGAACAGACACUAGGCUACCAGCCUUUGACUGCAACUACCAAAUAUAAGGUGCCAAAGAAGAGUCAGUUUUCGUUGAAAAGGAAGAAGAGUAAGGACGAGCUUGAUCUUGUGGAUCUCGUGUGUCCGCUGCACGACGACUCAGGUGACAUGCCCACGUCCCCAGUAAGUUGCUACUAACACCACUAAUCUACCGCUUUAUUUACAAAUAGGGAAUAUGCGUCUGAUUAAAAAAAGUUUUAAAUAUACGUAUUUAUUAAGAUGACUAUUGCUUUAGAAUAAAGUCUUUGUAUUUUUCAACAUUCAUUCAUUUUCGUUUUGAAAAUCAUUAUUAAAAAGUGCAAAACUUCAAAAUAUUCAAACGCAUUGCUACUUGUCAGAGCAAAUGUGACCAAAAUAUACAUGUAUAGGGAUGUCGUUGUUACAAAAUGUUAACGUCGAUGCAAUAACAUUAAUGUAUUGAGUCGCAAAGAUUACAAUUAAAAUGUUUUAGGCUUUCUUUUAAAAAAAAAAGAUCAAUAAAAUUGUUCCGCUCAUCCACUUAUAAUUUUUUUUUUAGUUCGUUUGAUAUUAAAAAAGCAAUAUUUUCUGUACGCAAAUCAGUAUUAUCAUUAGUAUAACUCACAUAGUUUGGAAACACAUGGCAUCUUAAUUUAUUAUUAUUGAGUUUGAAUAAACUUUUAUGUACCUAUUGGCAUAAAGAUAAAAUAAAAUUCCUUU